AGAAUAGAAUACAACAGAAUAGUAGGGUACAAAAUAGAAUAUGAUAUAUUGGCUACUUUAUUGAAACCUGUUGGGACAUUUUGUCUUCUACCUAUAAAGCAUGCUGUCCAGCUGGGCCAGCUGAGUUCAGGGCGUGGGAGGGGCCAUCCAGCUGUGCCUGCAACAUCGUCACACUCAUGUGUAAACUGCCAGGAGGUCCAGGUCCAAACUGAAAUCUUCCUAACCAUCCCCAUCCAUUUUCCACUACAUACAUUGCAGAGAGGUAUCCUGGUAAAGUACGAAAGAAAAAGGCGCUUGGAGGCUGGAAAGGGACUUUAUCUGGCCGCAAUUGGAGGACGCGAUUCUUCAAGUGGUUAUUUAUGGCAUAAUCUCAGAUCCUUUCCAUCGCCAUGUCAGUGAAGUCGGACGGGAAGAGGAAGUGGGCGGCGGUAAGGGGCCAUCUGGGCUCCUCCCAGGACUCAGAAACCCAGCUGGAGGCCAACCUGGAGAGUGCAGACCCAGAGCUGUGCAUCUGCAUGCUCCAGGUGCCCAGUGUGGUCAACUACUCUGGGCUGAAGCGUCGUCUGGAGGGCAGCGAGGAGUCCUGGAUGGUCCAGUUCCUGGAGCUGAGUGGGCUGGACCUGUUGCUGGAGGCCCUGGACAGGCUGUCUGGGAGGGGCUGCUCCCGCAUCGCAGACGCCCUCCUGCAGCUCACCUGUGUCAGCUGUGUCCGGGCCGUCAUGAACUCCUCGUCUGGGAUCAACUUUAUCGUGGAGAAUGAGGGCUACAUCCGCAAACUCUCCCAAGCCUUGGACACGUCCAAUACCAUGGUGAAGAAGCAGGUGUUUGAGCUGCUUGCUGCCCUGAGCAUGUUCUCCUCUGAUGGGUACCGUCUGGCCAUGGAUGCCUUGGACCACUACAAGGGUGUGAAGACCCAGCAGUAUCGCUUCAGUGUGAUCAUGAACGAGCUGCAGGCCACAGACAAUGUGCCCUACAUGGUCACCCUCCUCAGUGUCAUCAACGCCAUCAUCUUUGGGACAGAUGACCUGCGACAGAGAGAUAAGAUGCGCAAGGAGUUUAUCGGAUUACAGUUACUUGAUAUACUGCCCAAAUUGAGAGAUGAGGAGGAUGAGGACUUGAUCAUUCAGUGUGAAGCGUUUGAAGAGGCUAUGGUUGAGGAUGAGGAGGAGCUGUUGAGAGUCUAUGGAGGCAUCGACAUGAGCAGUCACCAGGAGGUGUUCACCACCCUCUUCAACAAAGUGUGCAGGUCUCCGUCAUCCCUCCAGCUCCUGUCCAUCCUACAGGCCCUGCUGCUGCUGGGGCCCGACAGGGCUGACAUCUGGCAGACCCUGGAGGCCCUCACUAACAGGGCCAUACUGCUGGAUCAAGACUCUCCAAUGGACUCCUGUGAGACAAUUAUGCAACGCCUGGUGUUCUCCAAGCGCAGGACUGCUGGUGUCCAUGCUGUGGAUGGUCUGCCACACAAGAAGAUUGAUAAGGCUGUUCAGACUGAUAAGGUGGACAAUGACCAAGAAAGACUGACCAAAUGCCCCACAACCUCCCAAGUGUCUUCUCAUCCACCACCCCCACCACCUUCCCUUCCUCCACCCCCCGCUCCGACACUACCACACACAGGAGGUGGAGUACCCCCACCACCUCCGCCUCUACCAGGGAUGGGGUGCCCACCCCCACCCUUGCCCGCUAUGUCAGGCAUGCCUCCACCACCACCACCACCACCUCCUCCUGGCAUGGGUGGGAUGGGGGUGGCCCAAAUUAGCCAAUCCCUGGGGUGUGCCUGUUCUGCCUCCUCCAAGGCAGGCCGCUGCCCCACCCUAAGGAUGAAGAAGCUCAACUGGCAGAAGCUCAGAGCUGUCACUGAUGGUCAUUCCAUGUGGACCUCUGCUCAGAAAGACACUCCUCGGGAGCCCAACUACUCCAGCAUUGAGCAGCUGUUCUGUCUCCCGGUGACCGAACACAAAGACAAGGGGGCACCUGCUCCUGUCAAGAAGGAGCCUAAAGAGAUCUCCUUUAUUGACGUAAAGAAGAACUUGAAUUUGAACAUAUUUCUCAAGCAAUUCAAAUGCUCACAUGAUGAGUUUGUGUCCUUGAUUCAGAAUGGGGAUCGGACUAAGUUUGAUGUGGAGGUGUUGAAGCAACUUGUUAAACUCUUACCUGAGAAACAUGAGAUAGAAAACCUGAAAUCCUUCCAGGGUGAAAAAGACAAGUUGGCCAAUGUUGACCGAUUCUACCUUUCUAUCCUGGCUGUACCAUGUUACCAGCUGAGGAUAGACUGCAUGUUGCUGUGUGAGGAGACGGCCUCCGUACUGGACAUGCUCAAGCCCAAAGCAGAGGUGGUUGAAGCUGCAUGCCAGUGUCUCAGAGUGAGCACUCUCCUGCCCAGUUUCUGCAGGCUCAUCCUUGAUGUGGGAAACUUCCUCAAUUACGGAAGUCACACAGGACACGCUGAGGGCUUUAAGAUCAGCUCCCUGCUGAUGCUGACUGAGACUAAGGCCAACAAGAGCCGCAUUACCCUGCUCCAUUACAUUCUGGAGGAAGUAGAGCUGAACCACCCAGAGUUGUUGUACCUCCCUGACGACAUUGAGAUUUGUGAAAAAGCAGCUGGAAUCAACCUGGACUCCAUUCAGGCAGAGGCCAGUGCCUUACUCAAUCGACUGAAAGAAGCAUCAAAGAAAGUCUCUAACUCUGUGGACGAUGUAAAGCAGCAGUACGCAGAGGUAUUUGAGAAAAACCUGGAGGCCUGCCGAGAUUUGGAGGACAGUUUUUUGGAGAUUGUGAGGAAGAAGGGUGACCUUGCCCUCUACCUGUGUGAGGAUGUCAACAAUCUUUCCCUGGAGGAGCUUUUCGGAACCAUCAAGACCUUUAGGGGACUUUUCAUCAAAGCCUUAAAAGAAAACAAAACCAGAAAAGAGCAGGCUGUGAAGGUGGAGAAAAGGAAGAAGCAGCUUGAGGAGGAGGAAUCCAAAAGACAGAAGGGGGAGAAUGGAAAAAUAAUCCGGAAAGGACCCUCGCCACAGGACAAUGGCUGUAUUAUCGACCACCUUCUUGCUGACAUCCGGAAAGGCUUCCAUCUCAGGAAGACGCGGCCCAGGUGCGAAACGGAAAUCCCCCCCUCUAGUGAAAUGAAUAGGAAAACGGGCCAGCCUGCAUCAAGUGUCAAGCCUGUAAUAGAAGAAAUCAAAGCCUCUGUCUCAGAAGCCUCCAGCACUCCCAGUCCCACUCAACCCCAGGCAGAGGAGAGGGCCCCAAGAGAAGGAAUGAACGGAUGCCCCAGCAAACCCCAAGAAAAACCAGCUUUUUCCAGCCUUCCCACAACCAAUUCACCAACACAGGAGAUCCUGGGAAUGGGUGUCCUAAAUAACACCCCAAGCAUCUCUACCUUCACAGAUGCAGACCUGCCUGAAAUCAACCUGAUGGUAACGGAGGACUUGAUGCCUGAAUGUCCACAGAGCAAUGGAGAGAGUCACCUUAAUGGAGCCUGCACACUUCCUGUCACUGAUAUGGACAUGAUGAAAGAGAGUAAUGGUGAAAGCAACCUGAUAGGAAAAACCAUUGGUCAAGAUGAAGUUGGAGGUAAGAGCAACAGCAUGAUGGUAAAGACUUUUGGACAAGAUGAGGCUGGGGAUGACAUGAUGGUGAAGAUGGUGGCACAGGAUGAGGGUAUAACUAAUGGACACCCAGACACCAAUGGCAGCACAGAGACCAAUGGCAACACAAACACCAAAGGCAACGUACCUAUGGUCAGUGCUGCGGAAAGCGGACCGGCGUACGAUGUGCCCGAUGGAGUGGACUCAGUAUCCGAAGCUCUGCCUGCCUCUGCAUCUGAAACCCUAAAACCAGAGGAUAAAAAACAGCAGAAGCUCUUUAGAAGAAACAAAAAGAAGAGUAAUGAAGGUAACACUGGAAAGGGACACCCUAAAUGUAAAAAGGGGUGUGUGUUGCAGUGAGGCAAUUCCCGGAAAAGGAAGUCAAGAGGGAAAAGAAAAUGUUGAGUUGAUUUUUCCAUACAUGGUUUCUGCACAUUGUAAUAGACUUCAUCAGGGCUAGGCAACCCUGUUCCUGGAGUGCCACAGGUACUGCAGGAUUUUGUUCCAACUAGGCACCAUACCAGGGGUGUGUUCAGAUCGCUUUAACGUUUGCUACAUUGUAAACGGUUUGUACUGAACGGCACGUUUUCCAAAAAUGUUCUUGUACGUUCUUGAACAGACUUUGAGAUACGUUUGCUCCGUUCGGUGAGUGUGCUGGGGUGUGGCUUGAAACAACGAGUGAUGUAUUUAAAGGGACACUGUGCGUUUGAAUCCACAACCCAACCCCUCCCCGUUUGUCAACUGGUUGUUCAGCACAGCAUCGUUUCCAUUCAAUUUAAUGUUCUGUUACGUUUUUAUGUACUGAACACAGCCCUGACCAACUGAGCUAAUUGAUCAAUUUAGUGAUUGCCCCCAAUUUAUCACACCUGGUCUUCCAGGUCGGUUAAAUUUGUGGCACCCCAGGACCAGGAUUUCCUACCCCUGGACUACAUUAUAUUGAACUAAAUUGAUUCCUCCAAGAAGAUAUCAGCAUGGUCUUCCUUCCUUUGAUAAUUUUGAGUUCUUGAAACAUUUGUGAAAUAAACAGGAAAAACUGUCAUGGUUCCCACAGCCUCAAUCCCAGCAAAUUUACUCAGUCGCUGCAACUUGGUCUCAGAGCAUUUCGUAUUUUUCUGUACGUAAACCCGAAGCACCAUUUAUUAUUGUAUGGUAUGUAUUAAUUUGUGGAUGUCCAUUAUCCAUUGUGUAUGAUAUUUUACAAAUUACAAUUUGUAUUAUACGUUACAAAUUUACAAAAUGUACAAUAUGUUUAGAAUCUGCGAAACGUAUGAUAUGUUACAAAUUCUGUCUAGGUGGCUAACGUUAGCUAGCUGGCUUACAUUAGCUAGGCUUGGUGUUAGGGUAAAGUUGAAGUUUAGGAGUUAGGUUAAAGGGAUAAGGGAAGGGUUAGUGGAAGGGUUAGCUAAAAUGGUUAGGGGGAGGGCUAGCUAACAUGCAAAGUAGCUAAAAUGUAGUUGAAAAGUUGCUAAAAUGCUAAAGUUGUCCGUGAUGGGAUUAGAACUCAAAACCUCUUGGGUUUCUAGACGUUUGUGUUAUACCACACUGUUUUUGACCAAAGUAACCAUCUGUCUUAUGUAACCAUACCUAACAUAUCAUACUAAUUUGAGUGUCCUGGAUUUAAAUGUACUAUGUUACGUCUAGUCUAUGAGACCAGGCUGUGUCAACAUUCUGUCACUUUAGGUGUUCUAUAUUGAAGAAUAAAAAGUAUAUGUACUUUUUGUUAUUGUUUUGUAUUUGUUUGAAUAUAAAAAUACAGGCUUAAUUUCCAAAGCUAUAAAUAACCUCCAGCACAGUUGAAACCAAAUUCGUCUAUAUUUCACAAUAAGCUUUGAUAGUAUGUUGGUUGGAACAGUUGUGCUGAAAAUAGUAUUCCAGUCUUUUGUGAAUGUCGUGAACAUUUUUUAAACGUUUUGAUUCCACACUUGACAUAUAGGAGAAAAAAAUAUCAGCUUCUUCCUGAGGUUAUCAAUAACUAACUUAUUUCUACAAUUAUAAUUUACAAUACAAUACACGUGUAUUAAACCCCGAAGGGCAAUUCGUUCAGGACUGACAGGGUUCUUCAGUAGCACAAACACACAGACAGUAUAAAAUAUGAACACUUAAGGCAUCAAUUAAAAAUGUAUGGUGCAAUUUUAAGUCAGUUAAGCCCUGGAAGUUUACUAUCUCUAGAAAUGUGAUAGCUUAGACGGUGCCAUGUUAGCAAAUAGACUGUAACAGAAUUAGUAUCGAAUGUUGAUUCUGGAGUAUAAUAAAAAAUGAAUUCACAUUA